GAUAACUUAUCAAAUAUAAUUACAAAAGAAAAUAAUAUUGAUGAUGAUAAAGUAUUAUCAGAAACAAUGCCAUCAUUAAAUGAUAAUAAUGAUUUUGAUAACGAUGAUAAUUCAAUGCGUCGUAAAUUACGUAGUAGUACACGAAAAAGUAAUGAUUUAAUAAAAAACGAUCAAAAAUCAUUAUCGGAGAAUAAAAAAUGCGCGAAAAUAUUAUCGACAACACUACAAAAUGAAAAUUUAAACAAUCGUGUUAGUACACGAAAUAUGGAACGUAUGAAAAAUAAAAAAGAGUUUAAUGAUGAUGAUAAUGCGAAAAUCAAAAUUGAAAAUAUCGAUGAAUUUAACGGAGAGGAUAAAGAAAAUAAUGAUGAGAACAAAGAGAAUACGUUAAAACGAAAAUGUGAUGAAGAAUUAUUUUUACAAGGUGAACAAGGCGUAAUUAUUGAUAAUAUGCAAAAUAAUAAUGAUUACGUAAAAAAUUUGCCGGUUGUACCUGUGAAAAGAGGACGAAAACCUAAACCAAAAUUGCCACCAAAUGAAAUUGUAUUACUUUGUAGUGAGGAAUAUCGCUUUCAAUGUGAAAAGUGUGCUAAAGUUACACGAAGUAUUGAUGAUUUAAUUGAACAUCGACAAUCAGAUCAUGGUAGUAAUUUUGACUGUAAAGAUUGCGGUCAGGUUGUUCAUAGUGCAAAAGCAUUAAUGAUACAUUGCCGUGCCCACCAAAGUUUAAAGCCAUUCGUUUGUGAUCAAUGUGGCCGUAGUUAUUCACAAACAUCACAUCUUUGGCAACAUAUGAGAUUCCAUCAAGGUAUUAAACCAUUUGCUUGUCCACAUGAAGGAUGUGAAGCCCGUUACACAAUACGACCAGAUCUAAAGGAUCAUAUACGUAAAGUCCAUACAAGAGAAAGACCUUUUCGAUGUGCAGUGUGUGGUAAAUGUUUUUUAACUGGUUCCGUUUAUUAUCAACAUAGAUUAAUUCAUAAUAAUGACCGUCGUUAUGGAUGCGAUAUGUGUGGUAAAAGAUUUUUUCGUGCCGAUGCUCUUAAUAAUCAUCGACGUAUACAUACCGAUGAAAGACCAUUUCCGUGUCCUGUUUGUGGUCGUGAAUUUCGUCAAAAAGGUGACAGAAAUAAACAUCAUCGAACUCAACAUCCAACAGAAAUUUCACUAUCGAAUACAAUUUCAUUACAUAAUCAAACAAUUUAAUGUAAUUGAUAUAAGUAAUUUAAUUUCUUUCAUUACUAAGCUAUUUUUAUAUUAUUAAGCUAUAGAAGAAGUUGUAAAUUCAAAUUUUGGAUUAUAGUUUUAUAUUAUCAUGUUUUUUAUAUAUAAGCGGACAAAUAGGUCGGCAAAAGAAAUUAAAUUAGUGACUGGGGCAGGUAAAAGUUGUUGAGAUAGAUUUUUGUUAAUUUCUUUUCACCUGUUGACUGAUUGGCAGGUACACUCGAGCCCUUCAGCAAUUCAUAAACCUAAAUAGUAGUAAGUAAAUUCCAAAUUUUUACAUUUCGCCCUAUCAAAUUUAGGAGGGAAUAAAAUUACGAAAUCGUUCUUAUGAUUGGUCUAAAAAGUUGAAACAACAUGAUCUAUGUUACCAAAGUCAAAAAUUCUC